ACGAAUACUAAAUAUUAUAAAUUGAUUAGUCUGUCUAGAGUGAAGCCAACCUUUACCCGCAUUCCGACAAUCUUCUGAAGAACUUACCUUCUAAUCAUUAUGCCGUACAGUAACCGUGUUGCCCAGUUUGAACCUUUAGAAGAUACUGGUGAGUUUAAACUACGGAAGACGGUGUUUCUGGGUUAUACAGACAUAGCUGCCGGGGGCAUACGAGCUUUACUUGGAAUCAACAUGAGAAAAGAGUUUUUGACAAUAAAUAUUCCAGAGCUGCGGGACAAUAAUUUAGGGGUUGAAAGCCUGGAGACAUUAGACCCAAGAGACCAGCCCUACGCACCUUUCCAAGUCUGGAAUCUGAAAUAUGAACAGUUUUCAGUCAUUCUCGUGAAUACCAAAUUGAAAUCGGACAGAUGUCACUUUGUUUGUAGUAAGAUUAUGGACAUAUGCACCAAGUGGUGUGUAGAUAAGCUUAUAGUGUUAAGUGCCCUACGUGUAGAUAUUGCAAUAAAUGAUGACACAAAAAUAUACGAAAAUGUCAUAAAUGACAUGCCGCUUACAAAUUGUCCAGAACUUCCGGGAGAUACCAGUAUGAAUGACCCCUUCUUGAGCACGUUGAUACAGAUGGUACAGGUCGAGUACGUGCCCACUUGCUUCCUUAUAAUACCUGCACACAGAGCCUGUCUUGGUGAAGCACGUGAAACAGAUGGCAGUAAACAGGUAAAUGACCAUUUUGAGCACGUUGAUACAGAUGGUACAGGUCGAGUACGUGCCCACUUGCUUCCUUAUAAUACCUGCACACAGAGCCUGUCUUGGUGAAGCACGUGAAACAGAUGGCAGUAAACAGGUGAUAGAAACAUUUCAGCAGACGAUAAAUGCAGCUACAAAAAUUAGCUUUGAUAGUGAAUUUAGUUACAACUUGAUAUACAAAGGAGAUAAUGACCAGAAAGAUUCGAAUGGCACUUCAAUGAUCUAUUCCUGAAAACGUCUGCUGGGUAAUAGGAAGUUUUAUAAAAACAACAGUGGUCUUAUGACAGCUUGCUCACCAAUUUGAUGCGAUUCCAGUUAAUAAUAGCUUAAAUACAAAAGAGACCCAAUUUUGUGGACUUUCAGUUGAAUAUAUGGUACCCGGCUCAGAAUGUUGAUUUCGAAAAUUUAUGAAUACAUGUACUUUGAAAGCAUUUUGAGAAUAAUUUGCAAGUGAAAAAGGGGCAUGAUUUUGCAAAAAAAUAACUCGGUAGUUAUUAAACGUGUUCUGUGAAGCCAUCUGAUAAGCCAAAAAUGUGUGUAAACUUGAAAACAUAUGGUCAAGUAUGUUUACAUGCAAAACUUUCACAAUAUUUCUCUGUUAAAAAGGGACAUAAUUAGUAUCAAAAUACAAGCUAAAGUUGUAUAACUUGUUCUGAGAGAUAAUCUAAAAAUGUUAAAGACGUGAAGUUUGGAAGUAUUUGGUCCAGUAGGUUUUGAGAAAUCUGCUUAGUACAUGUAAAACUUUAACCUGAAAUUUGAUUCUAAACAGGGGAACAAUUUUGAUGGAGUAAAGCUUAAGUUGUGUAAUUUGUGCUGGAAGUUUAUCUAAUGAUGCCAAAGACACGUAUGAAGUUUGAAGUCAUUUGGAUCAGUAUUUUUUUUCUCUGUGAAGUGGACGUGGACGCCUACAAGAAUGACUGCAAAUGCUAGAGAUACCUUUUGAAAAUUUUUGAGCCAUAAACACAAUAAUUCAGGCAGGAGAGAUGCACUUUCAGAUGGUUAAGAAUGAAAGAAUCGUUUAGAAUGAACUAUUUGCUAGAGACAAAAUGGAAUUCUGUUGACUUUAAUACAGC